UUUAAAGUUAUAGCAAGGAGAAAUUUUAUCUUCAUUUUAAAUUUUGUUUCAAUUUCUUUCUUUUCAGAGAUAAGUUGUGUAAGGUUACCAAAGACAUUAACAUUGCUUUUGACCCUAUUUGAAAUAGCAUCUUCUGGUUACUUCCAAACCCAGUAAAAUUUUCUGUAAGACCGAAUCAAUAGGAGUAUUUAGGGGCUCUCCAAAGCUUUGUGCAUGGUUUCUCAUACACUUUCACUAUUGGACCAAGCCACCUCUGUUGAUAUUACCAGGACUAAAGUUUAUUUAUUAGAGGGAUUCUCCUGUUAGAGUGAUCUUUGGAUAGCUUUUAGGUUAGGGGAUUUUAAGUGGGCUUAGGUCAAAUUAAGGCAGUUUAUUGGUAAAGAUGUUGUCUUUUAGUGGGAAAAUUGUGAAGAAUAGGUAAAGGUAGAUAUAGAAGGUUCUAGGGAAUAUUUUGUAGGAGGAGAUUGGAAGUUUGGGAAUUAGAGUUAGGUGGUGAUAAAUUUGGGUAGUUUUGGUCUUCCAGACUUGAUUUCAAUAAGAGUUUAAUUUAAGAUGUCAUUAGCAAGCUUGAGUCUAAUCAAUCAAAAUUAGGUAAGAAAAUCAUUUUUAUAACAAUACCAAUAUAUUCUUGUAUCUAAGUCAAGGAAUAUCUUCAAAAUUGAUGAAAAUAUAGCCUCAUGAUGUAGAUGUGAUUGUUGCCAACCACUUUUCACAUUGCCAUGGCUAAGAUCAUGGUAGCUGAUAACGUGAAGGUUGGCUCCCAAAAUGUCUUCAUGCACGGAACUGGAACCUACACUGGUGAGAUUGCUGCAGAGCAUCUGAAAUAUUUUAACCUCGAGUGGGCUAUUGUAGGCCGCUCUGAGAGAAGAUCUCUCUAUGGUGAAAAUAGCAAUGUUAUUGGAACUAAAGUCUCCAAUUCUCUUGAACAAGGUUUCGACUUGAUCUUAUGUAUCGGUGAAACAUUUGAUCAAAGAGAAUUCAACUCUACUAAUGAUAUGCUGAAAGAGCAACUGGAUUAA